CAUCUCAGCAGUGGAAAUAAGCAUAAUGAAUAAAUAAACCAUUAAAAAAAUAAUGGUGAAUUCUGGUAUUGAUGGUUUUCAAGGAAAACAAAGUAUAAACCUAAUAUUAUUUAAAGAUGCUAUCCUUCCUUGGCUCCAAAUGAAAUUUUUUCAUCCCAAAAAUAUAAGUUCACUACCAGUUAGCAUAUAUUAUCAUGUGUUAAAGUGAAUGAAUGAAUUGUGAAUUGUGUUUGUCCUCCACAAAAAUUGAUUAAUGGUUGUCACAACUCAUGUCAUUAAUGUGCAUGCACAUACACGUAUAGGCAGUCUCAAAUCUGGAAGAUCUAGAAAGCUUUUAUGCGGAUUAUUGUGUGUAGCUGCUCUAUAAUAGUCCACAACUCAAUACAAAGCGACAAAAAUGAGCAUAAUAGGUCUUAAUAGGUUAAUAAAAUCACAGUCUACUUUUUUCUGCAGUAACCACCACCAAGCUAAAACUAAACUCUCAACCGCUGACAUCACUUCCUGUCUCCCUCCACUCUGCUCCCCUAGGGCAUUUAUCUUAUUUACUCUUAUUAUGUCUGUAAUAUUGCAUAACAUGAGUGGAGGUGACUAUAGGGGUGUUAUUUCAUGUCUACAAGGCUCUCAUAACAUUAAAAUCGUAUGUAGAAGGUCGUAAAGAGGAUUUGUAUGCUCUAAAUAUACAAAUAUUCUGAUUACUGUAGACCCAACCAACCAUCUAUUUUCUAUGCUGCUUAUCACAGGGCACAUUAGACAAACAACCAUUCACACUCACAUUCAUACCUACGUAUGUAGUCGGCAAUUCAUAAGUGUACACUAUUUACAAAUGUAGCAGUCGUUAGUGAGCAGGGACAGGGUGAUCUAUAGUACGUUCAAACGCUAGCACCCCCAUAGCACUGUCUGACCAGGACCUUUAAAGUUAUCAGGACCUGAAGUUAGGGGAUGAAAUGACCACACCGUUGUCUACUAACUGAUAACUCAAUGUUUACACUUCUUAUACUAAGUAACAGAAUUGUCAAUAAUGUGAGACAGACAGUGAAGGUGUGGUGAGAGGUAGAAAGACCAGAAGUACAUGACAGUAGGUUUGUUGCAUCCAACGGUGAAAGGUCAAAUGCGCUAGUCACAUGGUUUAAACCAGGAAAUACAGAAGUGAAAUUCAUCCAAGUCCGUUGCACGAGCAGCGGAAACAAGUUUUUGACCAACAAUAGAUGAUUUAACGGUCAUGACGGGCCAAGCAGAACAUGUGUAAGUACUUUACCAUAAUGUGGUUCCAUUCCUGUCUGUUGCUUAAGUGAUAUCCAGUAUAUUCAUAGCCUGCUUUUUUUUUACAUUUGCAUGUAAUGACAUUGUGACGGAGCAAUACUGUCUUGAGAAUUAAUUUUGUGUAAUACCUUCAUUAGAAUGUGCAAGUGAAGCUAAUGUGUGUGUAUUUGCAUGUGUAUCAACGUGUGCAAUGAUACUUAUUCUUUUUUUUUUUCUAGGGAAGUUAAGGAUUGUCAAAAUGGAAUAUCGAUUGACCUCUUUUUGCACCUUACACUUAUCCCAGCUGUGCUGAUCGCCAUUGUGCUGUCAUUCCUUCAGAGGAGAGCAAAAGCUUUAGCCAUCGACCGUAAAUUUCCUUUCUUGCACGGGCGUUUUGGCAUUGUGGUGCCUUUGGACACCAUAGGCAGCCUGAGCAAUCGUUGGUCUUAUGGGUUCGCCUUUGGCGCCGUGUCCUACAGCGUCCUGCUGCUCUUCUCAGAACAUUACAUUCCUUUCACUGUCCCACCCUGGGCGAGGGCUGUGGUUUACCUGGUCGGAGCUUUGGAGGUGGGCCUGGUCAACUUCCCGUUCUUUGCAUGUCUGUCAACACCCUUCAGGACAACCGGAGCCCUGCUGGGAAUUAUCUACACUUUGUGUUGGCUUAUAAUUACAGUGUGGGACACGUUCACAUGUCCAGGUGGCAAGAUUUUGGGAAAAUAUGAGAAGAUAAUUGUCCAGUGGCCUUGUAUCCUUUCACUCGUUUUUCUUUUGGGAAGAUUUGUCUCCAGGUUGGUCAAAGAUGUUCGGAUACAGCUACAGCUGGAACAAGAGGACCCACAUGAGCUCACUGAGCAACACCAGGUGCAGCACGUUAAGAGACUACUGAGGAAAGCAAGUUCACACAGAAAGCCACUGAGCUUGUUCCAGAGCAAAGUGUACGAAUGGGAUCCCUUCUUUAAGUUCCCUAACAGAAUCAUUGGCACUGCCAUCAUAUCUCUCAUUGGCCUGUACACGAUGACACUGGCUGACUACAGUCUGAGUAACAUGGCUUUUGGUCAAGUAGAGAAAUGGAAGAACGCCCUAAAACACUCCUGUAAUCAGACUGAAGCCUUGGGAGCCAUGAUACCACAAAUGGAAGAGUUCAUCAUCGUGGCCAGGAAGACUUGGUUAGCAACCACCAUCUUUGCUAGUCUCAAUUCAGUCGCCUACACGUUCCAUGUACUGGUUUGUUACAGGAAACACUUAAAGAGACUUUGGAGAGGAGAGAAAGGUUUUCUCCCUGAGAAAUUUCACAACCCCCGCUCUGCUCGCAGUGUGGCCUCCAUUGCACGAUACUCGGGAUGGCAAAUUGCUUUUACACUCUGGGGUUAUCUGAUGGUCCACUUUGUUCACUUCCUGGUUGUGUUGUUGUUGGUGUAUGUGAUUGUCAUUCCCAUCCAACAUGGUGAAGCUCUGACCAUGCUGUCCAACUUGGGCCUUCUUAUUCUGACCAUCAGUCUGGUAAUUGCCAUGGUGAUUCUUCAGAUAGUCCUGGUCCAGAUAUUUUUCCUUCAGGACAAGUUGUCUCCGACUGAUAAACACAAACCACUGGCUCUCAAUAAUAGGAAAGCAUUUGACUGCUUCAACUAUUUCUUCUUUUUCUACAACGUGAUCAUGGGGAUCAGCAACUGCAUCGUGAGGCUGCUGAUCAGCAUCGUGCUGGGAACAUGGCUGGUAUCCCGCAUUGACCGAACAAUUAUGCAGAGAGGAUAUGAAACUAUGGAUGCGGGAUAUAGUACGUGGAUUGGGAUGAUCUUCGCUGAUCACUAUCAUAACAAUCCAGUUAUGGUGUGUUUCUGCCAGGUGCUCGUCUCCACCACUGUGGAGAAACACACAGUGUCUGCAUACGGUGCAUUUAACAACACACCAUCGGAAUGUCCUGUGAACAGUCGAGCCAGGAGACAAUGGGCCUUGCUUUACACACUCCUGAGGAACCCCCAUCUGAUCCUGCACAGAAGGCAUCACCUCUAUUCAUUGGCGACUUCUCCCACGUCUUCGUCUCUCCAGUCGGAUGCGGUAGUGAGGGCUUGGGUCAUGGCUUCCCAAUCACAGAACCAACAGGCACUGUCAGUGCACUUAUCAGCCCACACAGAGACACAAAAUCCAGACUAAAAUGACAUUCAAAGAUGGUUGGAGUUGGACUAUGAUUAUUUCACUGGUCUCCAAGCUGUGUGACCUGCGCGCUGACCACUCACCCAUUACUCAUUUAUACUUUUGUAAAACUUUCAUCUCAUAUUAAAGUCUGCUUGGACUACCACUGAGGACUGAAACUCCAAAGAGGAGGUUUGUAGUCUUCAAACACAGGCUUUGUUGCACAACAGAAACAUCCUUCUACUUUCCAAUCAAAAAUUGCUGUGUGCAUUUCAGGGGUCAGUAAAUGUGUUGGUGUUUUCAACACAUUGAACGUGUUAUCUUGAAAAGAACAAUCUAGCAUGCUGCAUGA